AUGUAUGUUUUAAUGGUGCUGAUGAUCCUCACAACAGUUUUUGGGAACCUGCUGAUCAUCAUCUCCAUCUCUCACUUCAAACAGCUUCAGUCUCCAACUCAUCUGAUCGUUCGCUCUCUGGCUUCCAGCGACUGUCUGCUGGGCUCUUUGGUCAUGCCGUACAGCAUGCUUCCGGUUGAGCUGUGCCGGCGCAACCAAGCCCGUGAAGUCAUAAACGGCCGCCGGAAGACUGACUACGCCCACACAGACAAACAUCACAGGGACGACAUGACAGGAGUGCAGUGUAAGUGUUUGAAGAUCAGUCUUGUAUAUCAGUCACUAUUUAAAGCAGACGUGAUGAUUGCAAAUGAAACUGACAUUGAGAAUGUGUUUCUCUGCUAUCCACUCCGGCCGGACUCCUGUCCCAGAGCUCAUCGACUUACCAUCCUUAAAGUGGCGAUGUAUGUUUUCAUGGUACUGAUGAUCCUCACAACAGUUUUUGGGAACCUGCUGGUCAUCAUCUCCAUCUCUCACUUCAAACAGCUUCAGUCUCCAACUCACAUGAUCGUUCAGUCGCUGGCAGCUUGUGACUGUCUUCUGGGCUCUUUGGUCAUGCCGUACAGCAUGGUGCGAUCUGUUGAAGGCUGCUGGUAUCUGGGAGAUGUUGUGUGUAAAGUGCAUUCUAGUUUGGACAUGACUUUCAGCAUCUCUUCCAUAUUGCAUCUCAGUUUAAUUGCUAUUGACAGGUACUGGGCCAUUUGUGACCCCCUGAGGUACAAAAUGAGGGUCACAAACAACAUUGUGACUGUAUUUACUACCUUCACGUGGCUUUUUUCAUUUCUGUACAGCUUUUCUAUUGUGUUUUCAGGGAUAAACAAAAUUGGCUUGGAGUCGUUCAUCAUGCAAGUUUACUGUGUGGGAAGUUGUGUUUUGUUUUUUAACAAACAAUGGGGUCUUAUUUGUUCACUUCUCACAUUCUUUCUUCCCGGGACGAUCAUGAGCUCUCUGUAUAUGAAUAUCUUCUAUGUUGCACGCAAACACGCAAAGGUUAUGUCUGAAAGAGUGACUGGAGGGUUGAAGAGCCAAGGCUCUGCUCAAAGAGAAGGAAAAGCAGCUAAAACUCUGGCCAUUGUCAUGGGUGUUUUUUAUCUCUGCUGGCUGCCUUUUUUUACCGCCACUGCUGUUGAUCCUUUCCUCAAUUUCGUGACUCCUGGUGAUGUUUUUGAUGCUUUGGUUUGGUUUGGAUACUUUAACUCCACUUGUAAUCCAUUGAUCUAUGGUUUCUUCUAUCCUCGCUUUCAGAAGGCCUUUAAGAUUCUCAUUUCCACUUAUACCUGUGGCUGCAAUGACUCAAGCACCUUGAUACUUGAAUGA